ACAUGGCGGGUACUUCUCUUCCUUCAUCUCUCCUCAGCCAAGGACCCUCUGUACUCUUCUCUUCUUCGAAUCAGUUCUCAGAAGCUAAAUCUCGGAUUCUGAUCACAUCUGAGAAACGAUGUCUUGUUCGUUGUUUCGCUAAGAAGAAAAUCAGUUUUGUGGAUCAGAUCCUCGAUUACAUCGAAGGUGGUCCGAAGCUUAGGAAAUGGUAUGGAGCGCCUGAACUUUUGCCAAAGGAUGGAACUUUAAGUGGAGAUGAUGAUGAACUCGAAGAGGAAGAAGAAGGUGAUCGUGAUGGAGACAAAGACGCUGUUUUCGUAACGGAUGGAGACAGUGAUUUGGGUCAGAUGAUUAUACUGCAACUGAUUGUGAAAGGGACUCGGGUUAAAGCACUUGUGAAGGACAAAAGAAAGGCCUUGGAUGCUUUUGGAGCUUAUGUUGAGCUGACGUCUGGAGAUGCAAGCGACGAGCGUUUCUUAAGGAAAGCUUUUAAAGGCGUUGGUGCAAUCAUAUCCCCAAGCGAAGGUUUCUUAUCGAAUGUCAAGAGUUUAAGAGGUGUAAAACAUGCAGUUCUCUUGUCUCAGUUGUCUGUUUAUGAAAGCAGCGGCGGAAUCCAAGCUAUGAUGAAUAGCAAAGCGAAAAAACUGGCCGAGGGAGAUGAAAACGCCGUUAUAUCUUCGAGUGUCCCUUACACAAUCAUCAGAACAGGCAAGCUCGAGAACAGCCCUGGAGGGAACCAAGGCUUCAACUUUAGCGCGGGAGCUGCAGCCAAAGGAAGCAUAAGCAAGGAAGAUGCUGCUCGUAUUUGUGUUGAAGCUCUAAGCGUUGUUCCACCAACAGGGUUGAUAUUUGAGGUUUCAAAUGGGGAAGAGGCCGUCUCUGACUGGGAAGGACAGCUGAUGAAAGUGAUGCAGAGGCAGAGUGAAAAGAAG